AUGGAGGCUAAGCAUGCGACGCCCCCGUGGCCGAAGGUCGACGUGCACGCGGCCCCACGCACAGUCAGGGAAGUCUUCAUUAAGUUUGGAUUACUCAGCACGGUUCGUGGCAUCCCGAGGAUCUUUAAGGCGAGGAAUCCGUUCUUGUCGAUAUUAUGGGGAGUAGUUGUUGUGACAUUUCUGUCUAUUUCACUCUACCAGGCGAUUUAUAUAAUAUCCGGGUACCUGCGCUUUAGCACGUACCAGGAGCAGACGAUAAAGUUAUCGCAGUCAACCAGGUUCCCGGAUGUAACAAUCUGUAGUUUGCAGCCAUUCAGGAGUUUCAAAUCGCUAAAGCGGGAAAGGGUUAAGAAGGCGGAAUUGAUAGUGAAUGAAUACUUUUAUAAUGUUAGUAAAAAGAUAUCAAAUUAUUCUUACGAGGAAUAUUAUCAAUCCGAGUUGAAGUAUUACAAAGGAGAGGAAGUUACGCCAUUUACUUGGGAAAGGAAUGGUGGGGAUUAUUAUGACGAUGAUGAUGGUGACCUUGACCUUGACCUUGACCUUGAAUCGAACCUUUGGGAAAGUGAUAACGACGACGAAAUCAAGCAUGCGGCGGGUGGACGCAGGCCUAAACGACGGUCUCCGGUUCACCACAUGUCCAGUUCUGCACGGGAUUACGUUGACAAUGAAACUAUUAGAAACUUACUGAUGUCUACGACAGGUCUUUUUCAAAACAUCGAUAGCCAUUUGAGAAAAAAAUUGAGUCAUCAAAGCGAUUUGAUAGACGAUUGUAGUUAUACGAUUCAGAAUGGAAAACACCUAGAAACUGUCGCUUGCAAGGUCAAACUGUUUCAGUAUCCACAGUAUUUUAAUUGCUACACGAUUCAGAGAAAGGUACGAAGGGGUAUGGUUGUGGGGUUGGACAUUAAGUUGUAUUUGGAUGACGAUGUGCAUCUGCUUUAUCCAAAGCACUACAUACACGACACUGACGCUCAGAAACAUGGCAUCCGCGUAGUAAUACACGAUCCCGACACGUAUCCUGAUUUACACAUAAAUGGGUAUGACAUUCCGCCGGGGAUGGCAGCCAAUUUCAACUUGCAUACUAAACUGUGGGUACAUCUCCCACCUCCGUAUGGAAACUGCACAGAUGAAAAAUUAGUUCUGAAAGACAGUCAUGGGCGUACGUACAGGUAUGUACAGCAUACCUGUGAGGAAAUGUGCAUCCAGAGAAAGAUAAACGAACAGUGCCAUUGCAUUGACCCGGGUUUAAUCACCGACGCUGUCACUUCCAUGGAUCCGAAACAGCCGGACAAGCGGCUGCCAUUUUGCGCUAACAUAUCAUUCAGUAGACAAAUCAUCUCUUCCCGCCUUGCCUGUAUGUAUGACUUUCGCUUCAAUCCGCCGGGGAAAUGCCCCUGCCCGCUGCCAUGUAAGCGCUACGAGUACACAAGCACCAGCGUCGACAUGGCAAAAUGGCCGCACGAGUCAUUUCACAUUCCUUUUUACCAAUCGACACAAGAGACUAGAAAUAUUAGCUUCCCUACGAUAGACAAACUGCUGAAGUCAUUGCACACUUUCGUUUACGGUCUCGAGCCGAUCGCGUAUGAGGCGGAGUCGGAUACAGACAGCAUCGUGGUAGAUAAACUGAUAAAGACCCAUGUGUUCCAACGAAACUUCGCCUCGGUCAAGGUCACCCGACCAACCUUUGAAAUCCAUUACGUCACUGAGAGGCCAGCAAUUGAUGUUUCGACUCUGAUGAGUAGAGUUGGUGGAAUAAUGAAUUUCUGGUUAGGAAUCACUUUCAUUACUGUCAUGGAGUUCGUCGAGGUGAUAUACGACUCCAUAUUGCUUUUGUGUAGGAGGAUUGCACGAAAAAAGACAAAAAAUGAUGAUAAAGGUGAAGUUGUUAAGACAGAUGAUAGCAAAGACCAAGAUUUGUUAGAAAAGGAUGAAAGUGAUUCCAAACCAGUUAGAAGUUCUUGA